UACAAACAGUAUUCGUGAACUAUUCGUUAGUGAGGAUGCAGCUUAACAUAAUUUGUUUAGUUAUCUAUAAAAUUAUUUUUAAAGAAUUUUAAAUAAACAAUUUCUAUCUUAUUCUAAUAAUAUGGAUGAAGAAAUGCGUACUCUUUGGUGUGGAAAUUUAAGUGAAAAAGUGACAGAAGAAAUUCUAUAUGAAUUAUUUUUACAGGGUGGUCCAGUACAAAGAGUUACUAUUCCUAAAGAUCGUGAUGGCAAACAAAGAACAUAUGGAUUUGUAACAUAUAAACAUAUCAAUUCUGUAUUAUAUGCCUUAGAAUUAUUUGAUGGUACAUCUUUAUUUAAUCGUCCUCUUAAUAUGAGCCCAAGGAAAAACACAUUGUCACAAAUUAACAACUCUCAAGAUAAUUUUGUUCAUUUGAAUCAUUGGCUUCAAUUAGGUCAAGAAAUGUUAUUAGGAAAUGAUAUGUCUCAUUUGAAAGGAGAUACAUUCGGAAUGAAUAUGAUAUCAAAUACAGAUUCACACAUGAAACAUACAGAUAAUUAUUCUUAUAAAGAUGAUAGAAGGUCUCGACGAGUACAUCCUUAUCAUAGAGAACAACAUAAAAAUAGUAACCAUCAUAAUAAUCAUAAGAAUAUUCAUUAUUCCAAACGCGAUUAUAAAAAUAUUAGACAUAGUUACUCUUAAUAAAUCUUAAUUUAAAUAUAAAUAAAAUAUAAUUUUUACUAGUAUUAGUUUGAUAAAAAUAUUCCUUAUUUAUUUUUAAAAAAGUACCAAAUCCAGAUUCAGGUAAAAUUUUUCGUAAUCUUGCAUUUUUAUUUUUAAAAAGAAUUUCUAUAAUAUAAUAAGAUUAUUUUUUCAUUUUGAUUGCUAUAUGAGCAUAAAUGUAUUCAAUUUAUUUCAAUCAUUUAAAUUAGAUUAAAUUAAAGUAUGUAUUAAAUAGAAGAAUUAUUUCUAUUUAUUAAUCAUAAGGUACAUGAUAAUAAUCAUAUGGCUUAUAACAUUUUGUACGAUUUAUACGAAAUUUUGUAUUUUGUUGAAUUAUAUGAAAAGCCCUUUCGGCAGUCAUAAUAACAGCAGCAUUAAUAUUACCGCUUGGUAAAAAUGGAAAUACAGAUGCGUCGAUUACAUAUAAAUUUGUUGUACCAUAAAUCCUAUAAUAAAUAAUUUAUAUUUAUUAUAUUAGCACUCUUAUAUAAAAAAUAAAAUAGCUUUAUAUA